GCAAUAACAGGCUCACGUUCUAGCGCCGCGGGCACAGAAUUCUCCACAGGCAAAUUACUCCUGAGCACAUUGCCGGACAAUCCUAUAACGAACAGCUAAAUUCUCAGCAUCUGAUUCCUGAUCCUUUUCCGACAUGGCAGGUGUGAAUAACUGUCUAAAAUAUUCUAUGUUUGUCUUCAACUUCUUGUUCUGGCAGGUGGACGGUGGGAUGUCAGAAGAUAAAGGCCUGAGAAAAGGAUUAUUUUCAGAAACCCGCAGAAGAAACAAUGGGUCAUAAAGAACUUGAGAAGGAAACAAUAAAAGUAUUCAAUCCUGAAAAGGUGAAACUAAGCAACUCGUUAUGUGGCGUCUUGAUCCUGGCACUGGCAAUAUGGCUACGAGUAAGCAAAUCUGAGCAAGAGUUUUUCAGUGAGGACAGUGACAUGCAUCCUUAUGUUGCUGUGAAUAUCUUGAUUGCUGUGGGUUCUAUCAUCAUGAUUCUGGGUUUCCUUGGAUGCUGUGGUGCCAUGAAAGAGAGUCGCUGCAUGCUUCUGACGUUUUUUAUAUGCUUGCUUUUGAUCCUGCUCCUGCAGGUCGCGGCAGGUAUCUUAGGAGUUACCUACAGAUCUGAGUAUGAACAAGUCCUGAAUGAGACUCUCCAUAAAAACGUAGAGCUUUUGAGGGGAACAGAUGAAAAAGCAAAGUCAUUCCAGAAAGCCCUGGUUGAUUUUCAGAAAGAGUUCAAAUGUUGUGGUUUGGUCGAUGGAGCUUCUGACUGGGGACAUAAUUUUCAACCCAAUUCUGAGUCGUGUGAAUGUUCAGCUCCAUCAGAUUCCCCAUGUACACAAUAUGAAGGAAAAUCUGUUUACCAAGAGGCAUGCAUUAAUCGUAUAAAAGACUUACUUAAAAAAAAUCUCCUCGUAAUUAUUGGAUUAGCAUUUGGAAUAGCAUUUAUUGAGAUACUUGGUCUGGUAUUUUCUAUGGUCCUGUUCUGCCAGAUUGGGAACAAGUGAAUCUGUGGAUAUGUCGAGCUAUCAUCAGUCAAGCUCUUUAAAAUGGUUGCUUUGCCUUUGUAACUUUAAAUAUAUGAGUGCUGUCUAUGUUAGGAGCAGCUGUCUUAUUCAAAUUUCUUAUUUAGCUAGACUUUAGUUAUCUUCCAGACAUAUUGAAUAUACUUAGGAUUUUAGUGAUGCUAGAAAAGUAAUAUAAAUGUGCAUUUUUACUCAUAAUAAAAGUGACAUUCUUUACAUUG